UUUAAAAAGUGAACUUUGACGGUUAAAUUGGGCAAAACUCAUCCAAAGAUUCUCUCUCUCGCCAUUUGUUAUCCAAGUUGAAUUCUACACUUUGGGUACUGCACUGUUGCAGAAUCUCUCUGCUGCAUCAGUAAUCAAAUCCGUUUCAUCAUCUCUAUCUAUCAAUCAUAGCAGUUCAUCUGAUUCAACAAGAUGGUGCUGAACAAUCAAACUGAAAGUCAAGGUAACACAGAUGGAAGGAAUGGGGAGUCAUCAAUCGAGCUAAAGGUUCUAUUUUUUGCCAGAGCUCGGGAUUUGACUGGUUUAGCUGAUAUGCCACUGGAGGUAACAUCUGGUAGCACAGCCCGUGAUUGUUUGGAUAAGAUUGUCACCCGCUUUCCAGGCCUCGAAGAUAUACGAGGGUGCAUGGUGCUGGCUUUGAAUGAGGAGUAUGCAUCUGAAUCGGCCGUCGUUAAGCAUAGGGAUGAACUAGCCAUCAUACCACCAAUAAGUGGAGGGUGAUCAUUCCUUGUAUAUGUUAAAUGAGAGAAAUAAAUCCUGUAGUUCCUUGUAUAAAAUUAAAUGAGAAAGAUAAGUGGUUGACCAAUGUGAUCUGCAAGUUACAGACUUUGUAGUUUGUAUGUUAAAAGCAUAAUUCAAUUCUGCUUCCUGGUUA